GUAAGUUAUUUUGCUUUCAGGUGCUCUAACCGGUGUAUCAAUGUCUACCAAGCCAGCCAUUAUAGAGGCAGGUGUCUCAACCAUGCUGCAAUGUAUAACCAAUGCAGCCUUCCCAACAGCUACCAUUAUGUGGAUUUUAGACAACACAACUAUAACACAAGGAGUUACGAGCACAACUGAAAGGGUACCUGGCAGUGGCUUUAUCACUACAAGUAGUUUAACCAAAACCUAUGCCUCUAAAGACGAUGGAAAGAUGUUAGUGUGUUCAGCCACCAAUGGAGAGUAUACUGUCACAUCUCCAGCUUUGCAACUUAGCAUCACAGGUGCUCUAACCAGAGUAUCAAUGUCUACCAAGCCAGCCAUGAUAGAGGCAGGCGACGUAACUGUGCUGCAGUGUGUAACCAAUCCAGCCUUCCCAAUAGCUACCAUCAUGUGGAUUUUAGACAACACAAAUAUAACACAAGGAGUUACGAGCUCAACUGAAAGGGUGCCUGGCAGUGGCUUUAUCACUACAAGCUACUUAAUCAAAACCUAUGCCUCUAAAGACGAUAGAAAAAUGUUAGUGUGUUCAGCCACCAAUGGAGAGUAUACUGUCACAUCUCCAGCUUUGCAACUCAGUAUCACAGGUGCUCUAACCGGUGUAUCAAUGUCUACCAAGCCAGCCAUGAUAGAGGCAGGUGUCUCAACUGUUUUGCAAUGUGUAACCAAUCCAGCCUUCCCAACAGCUACCAUUAUGUGGAUUUUAGACAACACACAUAUAACACAAGGAGUUACGAGCACAACUGAAAGGGUACCUGGCAGUGGCUUUAUUACUACAAGUAACUUAAUCAAAACCUAUGCCUCUGAAGACGAUGGGAAAAUGUUAGUGUGUUCAGCCAUCAAUGGAGAGUAUACUGUCUCAUCUCCAGCUUGGCAACUUAGUAUCACAGAUGAUCCAGAGCGCAUGUCUGCCUUAAGUACAGGUGCUAUAACGGGAAUUGUGAUAGCUGUUGUUCUGGCUCUUGCUAUUCCUACUGUGUGGAUACUUUAUAAGAGAAUUAAAAGACAACCAGAUGCUGUGGAAGAGAAUACUCAUAACAGAACUGAGAAGAGUGAAGUUGAGAGAAGUCAAAUUGUUAACCCUGCAUUCACCCAGCCAGAUUAAGUAGUUGUGAAGUUACUGACUAAUUGCUUGAGUAAAAAUGAUAUAAUCGAGUAAAAUUUGUCAUCACUAGUGAUGUUUUGAUUAAUGCAGUCUAUCGAUCAUUCCUCACAACCCAGGUAUAGUACAAUUUGUCAUCACUAGUGAUGUUCUGAUUAAUGCAGUUCAUCGACCAUUCCUCACAAAUAAUAAGACAGAUUGAUCUAGUACACUUUUCUCGAUCUGAUAUAUUAGAUCGUGAGUCACUAACUGGUCCUAAUUUGCGUUGCCGGGUCAAAAUUAUAAUUUUUUUCACUAUUCUUGUUAAGAAUACCUAGGACACUAGUGGUCAGAAAAUUAAAACCAGAAAUAAAAAAUUCCAUCAAUUAGCAAAGAUAUUAAACAUUUUAAUUAACAAACUUGAUGGAAAAUGCAUUACACUGUACACACGUUUUUGGCAUUUUCUCAAAUCAUACCUACCCUGAAAUAAUUGACCUUACACACAAUAAUAUUCAUCUGAUUUCAAUAAAGUUUGUGGCAAAAUGAUCCUGAAAACGGGUUUUAAAUAUCUGUACAAAAAAGUGGGUCUGAACUGUUUCUUCCAUCCUAGAACUAUGUCUGGAAUUUCAAUUAUUUUUUCUCACUAAAAUCUUUACACAUUUCCAUUUAGAAGAGAUUAUCCUAAGAAUGUGACAACUUCCCAGUUUCUUUUUGGAAAUUCAACCACUGGUUUUUAUGACACCCCAUAUAUUCAGUAAAAAAACAUGGGAAAUAUUUUGUUUGACGCUUUAGUUAAGGAAACACAUUAUAUCAUCUGUGUGAAACUGUGUCUCUGCAAGUACGGCAUAUCAGCACAGAUGAAGAAGCC